AUGAGGGACUUGACGGAAGAGGGUGGAUCAACUGCGCUUCGGUCAGCUUGUCUGGUUAAACAGUUUGGGAAACAAGGAUCAGGCCGUACUGACUUCAACCUGCCAAGUGGUGUGCAUGCAACUAUUAGAGGGCAGUUGUUUGUGGUGGAUUGUGGAAAUGCCCGAAUCCAAGUGACAGAUCUCCAGAAGAAUGUUGUACAACAAGUUUCCCCUUCAGGAUCAGAUCGGUCAUCCCGUAUCUGCAACUACUUCGAUGUGGCUGUGAACUCAAAAGGCCUUAUCGCCUUGACCUGCGCAGCAGAACGAGCUCUGUUGGUGUUUAGUCGUCAUGGGCGACUUCUGCAAACAUUUGGAGGCACAAUGAUUGGCUCCACCAAUGAAGAGCUGGAUGCCCCGAGAGGAGUGACUGUUACACAUCAGGAUGAGUUCUUGGUUGCUGACAUCAAACGUGGAACCUUGACUGUCCUAAAACUUGACCCAAAAACUGGAACCAGGCUGGAGCGCACAGUGGUUACAGGAUACCACAGACCCUAUUUGGUGGCAGCCUGUCUCACCACUGGGCUCAUGGCUGUAUCGGAACGAGGCAGUGAUUCCGGACGUGUUCCAUGCAUUCGAGUCCUGGAACCUGGCUGGAGCACAAUCCGAAUUCUGGGAGUGUGUUCUGGCCUAGGGCCUGUCUUAACCUGCCCCUGGGGCCUAUGUAUUGACAGCGAUGGGGAUGUGUUAGUUGCAGAUUGGGGGAAGCAAAAGCACAGUGUGCUUAUCUAUUCAUCAAAAGGCACUGGUUGGCCUCUGGUGACUGACAACCUAAGUAGUCCACGGGGUCUGGCACUUGUACCUGAUGGUCAUGUAGUUGUAUCAGACAGCAUGAAUCAUUGCAUCAAGAUCUAUCGCUACAAAUGA